AUGGUUAAUGGGUCACCAUCGAAACCAUUCAAAAUGGAGAGAGGACUACGUCAAGUCGACCCUUUAUCGCCGUUUUUGUUUGUUCUUGUGGUGAACGUACUCAAUAGGAUGAUUAGAGAGGCAGUUAGAAAUGGUUGGAUAUCUCCACUCUUAGUCGGUAGAGAUAAUAUAGAGUUAUCACACCUACAAUUUGCUGAUGACACUAUAUUAUUUUGUCCACCGGAGGAGGAGACACUGAGGAACUAUCAGAGGCUUCUGAGGUGCUUCGAAAUGAUGUCUGGUUUGAGCAUUAACUUUGAGAAGUCUAACUUGAUACCAGUGAACUGUAGCUCGGAGUGGGCUAAUCGGAUGUGUCAGCUAUUAGGUUGUCAAGAGGCAGCUCUUCCGGUGAGGUACCUUGGCAUUAGCCUAGGAGCAAAUCCGCGGUUGGUAAAAACUUGGAAGCAUGUUCUAGAUAAGGUGGAAGAGAAACUCAACUUAUGGAAUGCAAAGGUCCUUAGUAAGGCUGGUAAACUGGUACUUAUUAAGUCGGUAAUUAACAGCCUACCUAUCUAUUAUCUGAGUUUGUACAAGAUGCCUAAUGCGGUUGCACGAAGAAUUAUAUCCUUGCAGAGGAGGUUCUUUUGGGGGAAGGAUGAUGGUCGACCCGGUAUGGCCGUUGUGAAGUGGGAGCUGAUCCAAGCACCAAAGAAGCUAGGAGGACUACGGGUGGGUGAUGCGGUGAUCAGGAAUACAGCCUUACUGUUUAAAUGGUGGUGGCGAUUCUCUAAGGAGAACUGCCCUCUAUGGAAGAAGAUUGAAGAGACUUUGGAGGAUGAGCUUCUAACAUACAAGUUCACAAAGGAGAUAUGGAAAGGCCUAGUUCUGCCUCGAGUGGAGUUAUUUGCUUGGUUUGUAUUGGUAGGGCGGGUUAAUACAAAGGACUGGCUGAGUAGGCUGGAAAUCCUACAACAGAAUGAUAUCUUGUGUGUGCUGUGUAAGAAAGAUAUUGAAAAUAUACAACAUUUAUUUAUUACUUGUGAGUACUCUUGGCAUGUGUGGUGUGCUUGGAUCUCAGCGUUUGGACAGACGUGGGUUGUUCCUGGUACCUUGAAAGAGUUUUUCGAGAGUUGGAGAUGGAUGCCGAUGGGAAAAGAGAGGCGCAAGUAUUGGCUACUUGGAUUCUUCUCAGUUAUAUGGAUUAUUUGGUUACGCCGAAAUGAUACCAUAUUUCGUAGCAAGAUAACAUGA